GUCCUGUGCAGCACCAUGCCAGGGGGCAGCGACCCCGAGGGCGCGGCGGCGGCGGCGGCGGCGGCGGCGGCGGCAGCGGCAGCAGCAGCAGCGGGGCACGAUAGCCCCUUUAGCUUCAGCCCGGAGCCCACGCUGGAGGACAUCCGUCGCCUCCAGACAGAGUUUGCAGCCGAAAGAGACUGGGACCAGUUCCAUAAACCUCGGAACCUCCUCCUGGCCCUUGUUGGGGAGGUGGGAGAGCUGGCAGAGCUCUUUCAGUGGAAGCCUGAUGGUGGGCCUGGACCCCUGUCCUGGUCUGAAGCGGAACGAGGGGCGUUAGGGGAGGAGCUCAGUGAUGUCCUCAUCUACCUGGUAGCCCUGGCGUCACGAUGCCAUAUUGACCUGCCACAGGCUGUGCUGGCCAAGAUAGAGACCAACCGGCGCCACUACCCGGUCCACCUUGCCCGUGGCUCUUCCUGCAAGUACACAGAGUUGCCCCAUGAAGACAGACCGAAGGCCCAGAGCCGCGGCCCUGCCCCAGGAGCCGCAGAAUGUGCACCUGUCUCUAGGGGAGCAGAGGAGACUAACUAAAGAACAGGACAUGUGGAACAGGGAUGGGAGUGUGGGCCUGGGCAGGGGCUGGAAUUCAUGGGACGGACUCCAACGAUGCUGGCGAGGGACAGCCCGGAACGGGAACCCACUGGGAAAGCAGGGAUACACAAGUCUUUUCAAAUCCUCCUUUGGUUGUUACUAGAGUCUGGAAAUGCAAGGUUCCCCUGCCCUCCUAAAUCCUACCAGAAGAGGACCGGGUGGAUAUGUGAAUGGAAGAAGUCCUUCUCAGGUUGUCAUUUUUUUCCUUUAAUAAAACGGUUUGGGAUGAAGUGA